AUGGCCGUAGAAUCGUCAGCCAUCUUCCCUCAUGACUUGGUCUCCAAGCUCAAAUCAGAGCUGCCAGAGAUCAAAUCCCACGAAGCGCCGGAUCUGGAGGAUGACCAUUCAGACACCGUCUACGCUGCUAGCCCAGAGCAUGGCACAGCCUGGUCCUCAUAUCGGACACCGGAUGUCUCCCACCAGAUCAUCAGUUCCUACUUCAUUGGUCCUCAAGCAGAGAACCUCCGCUACUUUGAGAACAAUAUUCAUACCAUCCUUGAGGAGCUCCGCUUGGCUCGAACCAAGUACUACCCUGAAGAUGGCAAAUUCAUCACCGAAAGCGUGCAAAAGAGCCCAGCCUUUAAGAAGUCGAUGAAAAAGUUGAGCAAUGCUGUUCAGAAAGCAGCAAACCUACUGGGACGGACCUCGAUUCCAUUCUGGUCUCCGCGAUAUGAAGCGCACAUGUGCACAGACAUGAGCAUGGCGUCCCUUCUUGGCUACUUCAUGACCAUGAUCUACAACCCCAAUAAUGUAGCUCUCGAGGCGAGCCCCUUGUCCACUGUGGCAGAGAUUGAAGUAGGUGAGCAGCUCUGCGAGCUUUUCGGAUACAACAUCGACGAGGACAAUCAUGAUUCUCCGCAGGGCUGGGGACAUGUCACCUGCGGAGGAACAGUUGCAAAUCUUGAAUCGAUCUGGUAUGUUAAAGCGAUACUGACAUGUAAUCGAGCCCGUAACCUCAAGUUUUACCCUCUCUCCAUCCGCGAAGCCAUGCUAGACGAUGGACCUUUGAGCUUUCUUAACUCAAAGUUCUCAAUCGAGACUUGUGCCGGAGAAGAAAAGCUGUUCUCUGAGCUUUCUGAUUGGGAGCUGUUGAACCUCAAGCCCAACGACGUUCUUGACAUACCUGACCGACUGUAUCAGGAAUACGGCAUAUCCAACAAGUUCUUGUCGGACGUGAUGAACAAGUUCACCAUCCAGUCUACUGGCAAAGAUGGCCUCGAAUACAAGUACACAAAAGACAAGCCUGCUCAGUACAUGUUGGCCACAACAAGACAUUACAGUUGGCCCAAAGGCGCAGCUGUUGCCGGAAUCGGCUCGAAUAAUGUCAUUGGUAUUCCAGUUGACAAUGCCGCUCGAGUGGAUCUUGACGAGCUGGAGAAGAAGCUUGAAGAGAGCCUGGAGAAUGAGCGACCUGUAUAUGCAGUCGUCGCAAUCAUUGGCUCGACCGAGGAGGGGGCUGUCGACCCGUUGAGCUCCAUCUUGGCUCUGAGGAAGCAAUACCAGGCCAAAGGACUGUCAUUCUUGGUCCACGCCGACGCUGCCUGGGGCGGCUACUUUUGCAGCAUGUUGCCCAAGUCUUACCGACCUGGAGACAUAACCAAUUUGCCAACAGAAAUGGGCGACGGUGAUGGUUUUGUCCCCGAUGCCAGCCUGAGGGCAGAGACCCAGGAAGAUCUCUAUGCCAUGCGCUUUGCCGACUCCAUCACGGUCGACCCCCACAAGGCAGGUUAUAUUCCAUAUCCCGCUGGAGGUCUGUGCUAUCGAGAUGGGCGAAUGAGGUACCUUGUUACUUGGACAAGUCCAUAUUUAUCUCGAGGGUCUGUCACGAGCAUUGGCAUCUAUGGAGUUGAGGGCAGCAAGCCCGGUGCUGCAGCUGUGUCUACAUGGCUAUCCAAUAAGACCAUUGGAUUGAAUCAACAGGGAUACGGCGCUCUGCUUUCCGAGGUGACUUGGACAUGUACACGUCUUUCUGCAGAAUGGGCUGCCAUGACAAGUUCCACGUCCCCCUUUGUCUGCGUUCCAUUCAAUGAGCUCCCGUCUGAGCGCGCUGCGAAUUCCAGCCCGGAAAAGGUCGAGGCGGAAAAGACGCGGAUCCGAGAAGAAAUCCUCAAGAAGAGCAAUGCCGACAUUGUCAAGGACGACCAGUCGCGUCCGCGCGACCAAAAGGCCAUGAAGCUCAUGCGCGACUUGGGAUCCGAUCUCAACAUUAAUGCUUUUGCCAUCAAUUUCCGCUACUCGGACGGCCGCCUCAAUGAGGACGUGGAAGAGGCCAAUUACCUCAUGAAGAGAGUCAUUGAGGCCCUUUCCGUCGACAGUCCUGAUGACGAUCCCUCCAAGAUUCCGCUUUACUUGACAUCCACCGAGUUCUCCGACGAGCUUUAUGGCAACUGCAAGAAACACUUCAUGAAGAGACUCGGACUCGAGGACAGCACACAGGACCUCAUGGUUCUUCGAAAUGUCAUCAUGUCGCCAUUCCCAACUGAUGGUAACUUUAUCAAUCGUCUGGCAGAGAUUUUCUACAAGACAGUCAAGGACGAGACCGAGAUUGUUCGCAAGCGCAAUGAGAUUGGAGAGGAUCUCCACAGCUUCCUCAUCCAAGGCGCCGAAAAGAUCUUCCUCAUCCAUUUGCCCAUGUUCCACGUGGCAAACCACCGCCAGCAGCUCAUUGUCUCUGUAGACUUUGAUCAAAAGUCGCGACAGAAAUACAUUGACAUGAAAAGGGCCAAUCCCAACGAGCCAAUGAUUCUCGUCACCCAGAACAAGACCCUGCUUCCAGAAAUCAUCAAGAACAAUGGCACCUUUGCUGCUCAGAUCAAGACCGAACAUUCUGGUGUAAUUUUGAAGAAUGUCAAGGUCAAGGUAACCUCCACAGUCGUCAGCCGACCUCUGAACUCGAAGUGGCGUCUGCCAAACUAUCCACAGAAGUUUAUGCCCUUUUACCUUUACGGUAGUGCCAACGAGGCCAAUAUCGAUCACGUUAUUGUCCGUGCCCCCAACACCCAGCUGUCGGCCGGGCGCUGCACCGUCAACCUAGAAGGAGGAUCCGGCGGCGACGACAUUUGGUCCAAGCCCCUCAUCUUGACCCUCGAGGAUGUCUACGAGGAGACGAUGCAGCCCUUCCCACCCAACAGCGAAAUCGUCAGCAAGAAUGGCGCCAUUGUCGCCGAGCCCCGCACCAAGCCGUCCACGGCAAUGAACGGCUCAGCUCACGGACCCGGCAGGACCUCACCGGCAUCCGUCAUCACGUCCGAGACGCGCAGCGGCAAGAUGCGUGGCUCGGGAUUCUUCUUCCGCCCAGGCGCCAAGUUCAACAUCAAGGUGUACGAGGAUGGCGACCGGGAUGACGACGACGUUGGCUUUGCAAGCUUCAGACUGGGCAAGGAGCUGGCCAAGGGAACUAUUGAGCUUGGCGACAGCGUCUAUGUCGACAGCGAGGCCAUGAACUUUGAUCCAUUCCAAAAGGUUGACAAGGUGGCUGACUGGAGACACGAGUUUAGUCAGAUUGGCAAGGAGCUCGAGUAG